UGAAUAACGAAUUUUUUGAUUUUUCAGUUCUUAGUGUUUUUACUGUUCUUAGAUCCUCUGAAAUUCAGAAUUUAUUGUUUUAAGUUAUUUAACUACUUUAAUUAUUCAUCUUCUAUUUAUCUCGUAUAAUUGUGUAUUGUUUAUACUUGGUAAUUACUUUUCUAAUAGGUAUCCAUCAUAAUACGUGUUUUAAUCCAAGAGACAAGUUACCUAACCGCCAAAAGGACGUAAACAAAUCUUUACACAGGAAUAAAACGAGAUGAGUGAUAAUUGUACUCCGAAAAUACUGCGCUCCACAGCAAAAUUACCAGAAACACCAGCCUUGGAACGUAUUGGAUAUGGAACAGGUGUUGGUGUAUUCAAUUUACAAAGAAAAGAUCAGUCGCCAUGGGCAGCAAAAAUUAUCAGUCGUAAUGCUGGUAGAGAUCGCAAACAAUAUAGCAACCGUUUGCAGCUAGAAGCAAAAGUAUUAUCAUCACUCAACCAUCCCAAUAUAAUUGGCUACAGGGCAUUUGUCAAAAGACCUGAUGGUCGAGAAGUACUGUUAAUGGAACAAUGUGAACAGAGUUUAAUUGAUUUAAUUGAAAUACGCAAGGAAGAAAACCUUGGACCAUACCCUGUAGAAUAUAUCACAAAAGUUGCUGUGGAUGUUGCAAAAGCAUUAGAAUAUUUACAUUCUUCUUUGGUAUUGCAUGGAGACAUAAAAUCUGGAAAUAUUUUAGUGAAAAAUAAUUUUGAGAUUGUAAAACUUUGUGAUUUUGGUGUCAGUUUACCUCUAAAAGCUGAUGGAACAUUGCAUAAAAUCAAAGGGUGUAAAGCAUUUUACAUUGGGACUCCUUGUUGGUCCGCUCCAGAAGUGUUAAAAGGAGAAGAAUAUUUGGGAGCCAUCAUCACAAGUAAAGCUGAUAUUUUCAGUUAUGGUUUGGUACUUUGGGAGAUGAUGACAUUAUCAUUUCCAAACUCAAGCACUGCAAUUGAUGAAUCAUAUUACACUGGUAUCAGUGACGACUUAGAUGCUCAUUUAGGCGAGCGACCACCAUUACCUGACAGUUUAGCAAGGGAUCCAACAUAUAAACAGAUUAUUGAGCUGUUCUAUAUGUGUACAAUGCAAGAUUAUAAAAAGCGACCUACAGCAAAACAGAUAUUGCAGUUUAUGGGUAUUUACUAACUCUUAAAAACCUAUGUUUGAUCCAACUAUAAUUUUAGUACAUUUAUUCAAGUUAUUUUUUUUUACCUAUUGUGUUUUAUAUUUUAUAAGUGUACAUAAAAAAGCAUUUCAAUUGUUUAUAAAUAUGUUACCAUAAAAAAUAUCUCUUAACUUAUGAUAGUUAUAAUUUUAUUGCAGAAUCUCUAACUACUAUUGAUGCUAAAAUAUAUUUAAUUUCUAAAUUUUAUUUAAACUUUUUAAACUAUUAUUUUAACUCAAAAAUGAUAUUUUUAUUUUCCUUAUAAAGACACAUUGUAUUUUUCAACUAAAUGUAUACUUAACAUCUUAAUUCUUACAGAGUUAAACUCACAUUUUAUUCUUGUACUUUAACUUAUUUACUCUAUAGUCUUUACAAUAAUGUUGAAAAUGAUGUUUUAUUUUAUAAUUAAAUAAUUUGUCUUAACUAUCUCA